AUGUCUAAUCCGGGACAUUCCGAGUCGCUUUGUGAUGGUGCUACAUUCCAAGAUGGCAACAACAUCAAUAGUAGCGAUGGUGGUAGAAUUUCCUCCCAAAACACGUCAUUUAAUAUCGCCUCAUCUAAACAUGACCAUGGGAAUAGGCAACGAUCAGCUUCUGAUGCAUGGAGUCAUUACAGCGAUCGGAAAGCACACGAUGCCCUGUUGAAAUGUCCUAGGGAUCAUCAUUAUCAGAAACGUAAAUCUUCGCUGUUCAAUGAUUCGUUUAGGGAGAAGAAACCGGCAUUAAGCCGGAUGAUACAAGUGGACGACUGUGAAUGCUCACAGAGUAACCGUUCGGAAUCGUCCCAUUCAUGCAUUACACCUCUUCAAGUUACUAAAUUAGCUCAGUGUGAAAGUCUAUUGCAAAAAUGUAGUGCAUGUGAGCAAAUAAGACCAUAUACUGAUUAUCGUGAUAAUCCGGAUCUAAACGGUUAUUGUUUGGAUUCUCCGGAAUCACCAGGAGAUGGGGAUAAUGAUGAGGAAGAUGAAAUAGAAAAUCACGAACAAAAAGAAGACCUUGAAAAGUCUGUUGAACCUGAACAUCAAAUUAAUGAAAAUGUGCUUACUUGGAUCAAACAAUUCAAGAUGCUUUCUUCACUCAACCAAAUGGAUGCUCUCACCGAUUUGGUUAGCGAAUGUUCGUUGGAUCACAUUCGACAUUUGCGUUCUGUGAUUGAGCCUUUCUUUCAAAAAGACUUCAUUAAAGAAUUACCCAAAGAAAUUGCACUACAUGUUAUGUGUUUUUUAUCUCCUGCUGAUAUUGCUCGCAUAUCAUUAACUUGUCGUUACUGGCGUAACUUAGCUGAAGAUAAUCGUUUAUGGCGGAAGAAAUGUGAGGAAGUGAAUGUCACAACUAUAGAUGAGCCAAGUGAUCGAAAAAGCGGUGCAUGGGCUGAGACAGCUUCAACAAGUGGUAUUGAAAUUGUUGGAUAUCGUCCUGUUCCUAGCUAUCGCCUUGCAUUGUUUGCUGGUUAUCAUCCGCAUUGGCUUCGGUAUUUUUCCGACACAGAUGACUCACCAAAAAAUGUUUGUUUAGCAAGAUCAAAAUGGAAAGCACUUUAUUUGCGACAUCAGCGUAUUUUGGCCAAUUGGCGUUACCGUCCUCUUCGUGGGUCGUGUAUUUUAAAGGGGCAUGAUGAACACGUGAUUACAUGUUUGCAAAUCCAUGGGGAUUUAAUUGUAACUGGUUCGGAUGAUAAUACAUUAAAAAUAUGGUCAGCCAGUAAAGCAAUAUGUUUGCAAACAUUAACGGGUCAUACUGGUGGUGUUUGGUCAUCUCAGAUGUCGGAAGAUGGUAAAACUGUCACAAGUGGUUCUACUGAUCGGACAGUACGCGUAUGGUGCGUUGAGACAGGACGAUGUUUGCACUGUUUGCAAGGUCAUACAAGUACGGUUCGUUGUAUGACACUGAGGGAAGAUAAACUUGUGACUGGAUCUCGUGAUACGUCAAUACGUUUGUGGGACAUCAAAGAUGGCACAUGUAUACGCACUUUACAAGGUCACGUAGCAGCUGUACGUUGUGUUCAGUUCGAUGGUGUACGUAUUGUUUCUGGUGCAUAUGACUUCUCCGUCAAGGUUUGGGAUGCAGAAUCAGGUAGAUGCUUGCACACUCUAACUGGUCAUAGUAAUCGAGUUUAUUCAUUAUUAUUUGAUAGUGAAAGAGACAUAGUUGUUAGUGGUAGUCUGGAUACUACGAUCAAAGUAUGGAAUAUUCGUGAUGGGAUUUGUACACAAACUUUAACUGGUCAUCAAUCUUUAACAUCAGGCAUGCAGUUACGAGGCAAUACUCUCGUUUCUGGGAAUGCUGAUAGUACAAUUAAGAUUUGGGAUAUCAUGGAUGGGCAGUGUAAGUACACUCUGUCUGGCCCAAAUCGGCAUGCUUCUGCUGUCACCAGUUUGCAGUUUCUCGAAAAUGGACUAGUUGCAACUAGUAGUGAUGAUGGUUCGGUUAAACUGUGGGAUGUCAAGCAGGGUGUGUUUGUGCGUGACCUAGUUAGACUUCGUUCUGGUGGUUCCGGUGGUUGUAUAUGGCGUUUGAAAUCGACGCCAACAAUGCUAGUUUGCGCAGUAGGUUCACGUAAUGGUACGGAAGACACAAAACUAAUACUGCUUGAUUUUGAUGCCGAUUACCCGUAA